UUAAUUAAAUUAAACUUUGGCUUGUAGUGUAUUUGUAUUAAUGUGUACAUUAUUAUUUAAGAAAGCAAAACAUUGCGUAAAACUUUACAUAUAACAGACCUUGCUAAACCUAGGUGUAGUGUUAAAGUACAAUAUUUACUAAUUUAUAUAAAAUAUAUAACUUUCAACUAUUGAAACUUGCCGCUCUAGACUCUAGACAAGCUCAGCUUGCAACUGAGAGGAGAGGUUUUAGGGCAGAUAACGGGUGGAAGCCGAUACGUUGACUUGUUUUGUGCAAAUGUAUACGUUUAAUAAGUUGUUAUUAAUUAAAUAAGAAAUACUACUCAUUUUUUCGCUAAGAUAAUUAGUUAUUAAGCUUCAAAAUGCGUGUUUCGAUGUUUCUGCGUUUUUCGCUACUUUUAUUCUUCCUAUUUAUACAAAAGUCUGAACAAGUCAAGAAACAGACAUCAUCCAUCACACAAGUGGAUGAUUUCAAAGAAUUUAAAAAGCUAAUGAGAACAAAAACAAAUGUGUUAGCGCUGUAUAUAAAUAAUCAUAAGAAUGCUAAACCAAUACUCGCAACUUUUGGCGAGGUAGCCAACAAAAUGAAGGGUAGAGCUACAUUGGUGUCCAUAGAUUGUGUUGGGAGUGAAGGUAAAAAGCUUUGUAAGAAACUUAAAACUGAAACAACUGCACCAUAUUACAUAAAACAUUAUAAAGACGGUGAAUUCAAUAAAGACUAUGAGAGAGCCGAGACUGUUAACUCGAUUGUGAAUUUCCUAUUGGAUCCAACGGGUGAUGCUCCAUGGGAAGAAGAUCCUACUGCAACUGAUGUAUACCACUUGGCCAAUUCUGCGGCAAUAACAAACUUCUUGAAGAAGGCAUCGGCGACAUUCAUGAAUGCACUGAUAAUGUUCUAUGCGCCUUGGUGUGGGUACUGCAAAAUCUUAAAGCCGGAAUAUGCCAAGGCUGCCAAGGACUUGAAGGGUGAAGCAAUGUUAGCCGCAAUUGAUGUCUCCAAACCGGACAAUGCAAAAAUUCGCACCGAAUUCAAUAUCACCGGCUUUCCGACAAUAUUCUACUAUGAGAAGGGUCGUUUUCGCAUGGUGUACAAUGGAGACAAUAAACGCGAAGCACUGGUCAAGUUCGUGCGAGACCCGAAUAGCGUUGAGGAAGUUAAGAAAGACGCACCCACUUCUUGGACGGAGGAUACUCAAUUGCUACAUUUAACAGCGAAAAACUUUGACUUCUCGCUAGUCGCCAUAGAACAUGCUCUGGUAGUGUUCUACGCGCCCUGGUGCGGCCACUGUAAGAACCUCAAGCCGAAUCUUGUUAGGGCUCAAGAGAUUAUGCAGGCGGAAAAGAUUGAAGGUCUUAUAGCCGUUGUGGACGUGACUGAGCAAAGGGAGCUGGGUUCUCGCUUCAACGUGAAGGGAUACCCGACGAUGAAGUACUUCCACAGGGGCCAAUACCAGUACGACAUUAAUCAUCGUACUGAUGAUAAAAUCGUUGAAUUUAUGAAGGAUCCCCAAGAGGCGGCAGUGCCACCUUCAGAAAAACCGUGGACCGAAGAGGAGUCCGCAGUACGUCAUCUCACUACGGACACGUUCAAAUAUGCGUUGCGGAAAGUUAAGCACGCACUCGUUAUGUUUUACGCACCAUGGUGCGGUCACUGUCAAUCGACGAAACCGGAGUUCGUGAAGGCCGCGGAGAAAUUCGCUGACGAUCUCAUGAUACUGUUCGGCGCCGUGGAUUGCACCGUCGAGACUGGAUUGUGUUCCACCAUGAAGAUAAAGGGAUACCCCACUUUGAAGUAUUUUAAUCAUUAUGAAAAGAUCGAAGACUAUUCUGGGGGUCGGAAGAUGGCCAAUUUCGUGCAAUACAUCCACACCCAGAUAGACGCCACUCUUAUGCAAGAGAAGGGCAUCAAGAGUCACACCAUGGAUGGCUUCGGCGUGAAUGUCAUACUCGCUAAUGAUGAUAACUUUAUGCACAUACUCGGCGAUACUGUGCCGAGCUUUGUCAUGUUCCACGCGCAAUGGUGCGGCCACUGCAACGAAGCGAAGCCAGCGUUCAGCCGCCUCGCGACCCAGCUGAAGAACGAGAACGUGUCCAUCAAAAUCGUCGCCAUCGACGUGACCGACAACCUCAAAGCCACCGAUUUCGGCCAAAUCAAAACCUUGCCGACAUUCAAGCUGUACUCCGAAGCGACACUCCUGGCGGUAUACGAAGGCGACCGUACCCUGGAGGACAUGCACUCCUUCUGCAGGCACUCCUUGCAGGUUAACGAGGAAUUGUGACUCCUAACAACCAUUAGGGUCUUGAAAUUCGUGGCCGCCUUCCUGGCGGUAGCGAUGCCGUAUUGGGAAAUAGAAGUACACUUUAUUAACCCGCUGGAUUUAAUCUACGAGGAGGAGGAGGAGGAGAUGGACGACUGAGGCCUGUACGCCGUAAUAUGUCUUAUUGUGCAGUUCCUGAGGGACUAAAUUUGCGUGGAUUCGAUUGACCCUUUGACGGCUUGUCAAGAAUUUUAUCGGAUAGCUUUAGAUUUGUGAAUUACAAAUU